CUACUAUGGUUCGUUCUCCUGAUGCUGCUUACUUCCCCAUUCCUCAUAGUUGUAUACACCUUGUUCCUGAGGAGUCCUCCACCGCUCCCUGAUGUCGAUCUCGAAGCAUGGUGGGGACCUGGAGAGGAAACCAAGCAGGAUACCAGCGUCAGGACUUUUGAAGUCCAGUUUAGUGCUUCGAUGAUCCAAGACCUAAAAAAUCGACUGAAAAACCAUCGCAAGUGGACUCCUCCGCUGGAGAACAUCGGCUUCCAAUACGGCUUCAACAAUAAGCAGCUGGACAGCUGGGUCGCGUACUGGGCUGAGAGAUACAACUUCCAGGAGAGGGAGAGCUUCUUCAACAAAUUCCCGCAGUUCAAGACUAAUAUACAGGGAUUGGAUAUUCACAUCAUCAGGGUCCGACCAGAGGUCGCAGCAGGUGUGGAGAUUAUCCCCAUGUUGUUCCUGCACACCUGGCCAGGGUCAGUGAGGGAGUUCUACGAGGCGCUGCCUCACCUGACCGCCACCAGUGAGGACCGGGACUUCGCCAUCGAAGCCAUCGUGCCGAGCUGGCCUGGUUAUGGGUUCUCUGAUGCUCCAGCCCGGCCAGGCCUUGGAACCGCGGAGAUGGCAGUGAUCCUGCGUAACCUGAUGCACCGACUAGGCUUCAAGAAGUUCUACCUGCAAGGUGGAGAUAUUAUCGGCAUCAGCUUAGCCACCCUGUUUCCUCAGGAAGUCCUUGGCUUUCACUCAAAUGUGGGCGCUUCUGCAUCUACCAGCGCAAUCCUCCUCAACCUGAUUGGUGCAGGGAUGCCUUCUUUCGUGGUGGAAUCUCAUCUAGCAGAUCGAAUGUAUCCUUUAAGCUCGACCUUCGGCUUUCUGCUUGAGGAAUCUGGCUACGUGCAUCUUCAGGCCACCAAACCUGAUACUUUAGGAAUAGCCAUCUCCGACUCCCCCGUCGGUCUCCUCUCCUACAUCCUGGAGAAGUUCUCGACCUGGACCAAGAACGAGUACAAGUAUCUACCAGAUGGUGGCCUCGACAACCACUGGAGCAGAGACCAGCUGCUCGACAACCUCAUGUGCUACUGGGCUACCAGCUCCUUCACCACGUCUGUGAGAGUGUAUGCAGAAAUUUUUAGUAAGAGGCAGAUAGGACUGCAGUUGGAUGAAAUCCCAACCCCAGUGCCAACCUGGAUUAUCCAAGCAAAGAACGAGCUGAUCUUCCAACCCUGGCGGAUCCUGCGGAGGAAGUUCCCCAACCUGGUGGCAGCCAACGCCAUCGACGACGGCGGACACUUCCUCGCCUUCCAGCUGCCGAAGGUCUUCUCUGAGGAUGUGUUGAAGGCUGUUGCCGCUUUUAGGAAGCUGGAGAGUGAGAAGAAUGAGCUGUAG